UGAACACUGCAACAUAGCUCCCUCAGGAGUCCUCUGGAGCGGAAUUGAACUGGGUGGAUUUGUACUGGUGCUUCCUGUGGCUCCUGGUUAUCACAUUACCAGAAGAGACACUCCAGCAGUAGAGUGAUUUACACUAAGUGGGCAGAGAGACAGAGAGAGACAGAGAAGAGAGAGAGACAGACAGAGAGAGAGAGAGAGAGAGAGAGAGAGAGAGACAGACAGAGAGAGAGAGAGAGAGAGAGAGAGAGAGAGAGAGAGACAGAGAGAGAGAGAGAGAGAGAGAGAGAGAGAGAGAGAGAGAGAGAGAGAGAGAGACAGAGAGAGAGAGAGAGAGAGAGGAAACCCGUGCAGCUUGUGGAGUCUCUCCAGGGCCUCAGUUCAGAGUUCUUCCAGUUGGAAAAGGCCAGCAGCUCCUUCAGCACCAUGCAUCUACCUUACGCACCCAGGAUGUUCUUACUGCUGGUAUCCCUCUCUGCCCUCCUCCCCCUGAGCUCGUCCACCCAGCCAGACGACUGUCUCGGGGCAGUAAUCCGUCCGAGAUCGUUCAGGCUGGUGAUCAAGUGUAACUUCACCACCUUGAAGGACAAGCAGAAGGAGGAGAUUAAGACUCCCACUCUGGUGCUGUACGUCCCGAUUCUAUACCUGAUAGCCUUCACCAUCGGGCUCCCUGCGAACCUGCUGGCUCUGUGGGUCCUCCUGUUCCACACCAAGAAGCUCCCGUCCACCACACUCCUCAUCAACCUGACGGUCUCCGACCUCCUGCUGCUGCUGGUGCUUCCCUUCCGUGUGGUCUACCACUUCCAGGGCAACAACUGGGCCUUCGGUGAGCCCUUCUGUCGCCUGGUCACGGCUCUCUUCUACGGGAACAUGUACAGCUCAGUGCUGUGCCUGGGGCUGGUGGCGUCUGACCGCUACGUGGCGCUGGUGCACCCGUUUGGGGCCAAGAUGCUACGAAGCAGUCGUAUAUCCGCCUGCAUGAGUGUGGCGGUGUGGGUCGUCGCGUUAGCCGCGAUGCUACCUCUGCUGAUGUCGCAGCAGUCCUACAAACUGGACGACCCUAACAUCACGACCUGCCACGACGCCUUGCCUGAAUACGAGCAGGAUAAUUAUUUCUUACCUUAUUUCGCCACCCUCUUCUCUGUUUGUUUCCUGCUCCCUCUCCUGCUCAUCCUGUUCUGCUAUGGGGCAGUGAUACGCACCCUGCUGGCUGGAGGCCAGCGCUACACCCACGCCGUAAAAGUGACCGUGCUGGUGCUGGUGGUGUUCGUGGUGUGUCUGCUGCCCAGCAACAUCCUCCUCCUGCUGCACUACUCAGACUCCUACCUGAUUGAAGACAAGGAGGAUUUGUACGUACCGUAUAUGGUCAGCCUGGCGAUCAGCACUUUCAACAGCUGCAUCGACCCCUUCAUCUUCUACUACGUGUCGGAGGACUUCCGAGAGAAGGUCAGGAGGAUCGGCAGCUGUUGGGAUGCGGAGAGAGACUCCUCCUCCUCGGGGAACCACGUGACCUAUUCGUCGUCCUCGGCAAAGUCAAGGUCAAAGGUCACGCUGCUGUCGAAGUCUAGUCGAGAAGGGACGCUGUCGUCGGAGGCCGGGAAGGCGUGAGAGAUGAUCUGCAUCCUCAGACAUGGACCAAGCUCUUGAUUCUGAAUCUUGUGCAUCUUUGCCAUCUCUAUUUUUGUUCAUGUUUAUUUGAGACUCUGAUACACAUGAUCUGACUACUGUUUAUGUGGCUGUGAUGUAUGAUGGUGUAUUGUUUGCAGUCAGUACAUGGAAUGGACAGCGUUCCUGUAGACAUGCUUUUAAUGUAAGGAGGAAGGACAACCUCUGUCAAGGUUUCUGGAUUUUCAUUAAAGAUGCAGGUUUAGUUAGAAAUGAAAAUACUCAAAGAUGUGUUAUAAUAACUAUUCCAAUCAAAAAAGUGAUUAACUUCUAUCCACAGCGUAUUGUCUUAUUGUGGUCGUUUCUGAAUCAUGACACUGUUCCUAUACUGACAGAAACCGCUCAUAUGAAACUGUGAGUUGGUUCCAGGUAACCACUGGUCUGUCCCAGGCUGAGGCCAUGUGAUCACAUAACAUUAAAAGACCUCUUAGACUUGUGUUUUUUGUUCUGUAACUGUGUGUUUUUAAUUCCUUCAUCCAUCAUUACUCCACAACUGGGCAUGUUCGCCUUAUAAAAACAUGGACAUGGGUAAAAAAUUGCCAUCUGCCAUCUAUAAUGUAGAGAAUCUAAGUUUCUGCACAGAAAUACCGUUCACAUUCCAGGACUUCUAUUUUAAUUUCCUUUUGCUUCUCCAGUUCAGGCUUGGACUGUAGCGCGACAUACUAGGGCAACAUAUCGCAAUGUGAACUGCACGAAUAUGCACUUGUGAUUAAACAAAUGGCAGUUGUUUCGGGCAAAUUAGGUUGGCUCAUACUUGAUUUGUUUUUAAGUGUUUGUGUGUAUACAACCAUGUAACCAUGUUAUUGGUUUGAACGUGCUGUUUCAAUGUGUAAAUAAAGCAUGUCUGACAUCACCGAGCAGCUGCCAGGUGAAGACAUACGCUUGCUUAUAACGACUACGACUGUUUACAGUAGGAUCCUCCGCAGGGGGAUCGGCACAUCACAGGAAGAGACAGAACAGAACUAAC